UAUACAAUACAAAAUCCUUAUAAGGCUUAGUUAACUAUUAAAACUUUCUGAAAUGUCUGUAAUAUUUAAUGCGAGUGUAAAUACUAAAAGCGCUGUUGAGUAUCAGACAAUAUCAUCCACACAAAGUCAUUUAGCGGAGGAGCAGUCGGAGCGCUUGCACAAGUGGAUUUCAAAGGAUCAACUCGAGAAACUUCAUUCGGCGUUUCUAAACACUCCCGAGCGUCAUGUUGGCAUUGAUGAAUUGCGUAUCAUACUUGAAGAACUAGACAUAACGUUCAAUGAUUCAAUGUAUACACGGCUCUUUUUAAAGAUUAAUCAGAAUCGUGAUUUUAAGGUGGAUUGGAAUGAGUUUGUAUCUUAUUUAAUAUUUGGCUUUCAAGAGGAGGAUCCGAGCAGCCAAAAGGAGUCUUUAAUUUUACCAAUCUCCGGACCCCCAAUGGUUAGGAAAUCAGAACACCGUUCAGCUAUAUGUUGUUUGGCCCUCCUCAAAGCCAAAUCGGACCAAAUACCAAUUGAUGAAGUAACCGAGACUAUUAACUUUUCCUUUGGCGGUGAGGAUUCUCCAGAAGCUUCUGGAAUGUGGGUCACGGCCAGCCACGAGGGAAUGAUGCGUUUUUGGACAUCUCAUAUGGAACCAAUUCGAACUGCAUCGUCGGAAAGCAGUAAGUUUAAAUAA